UUCACAAUGAAGUGUAGGCCGGUGAAAAUCAACACUCCGCUCCUACCAUGCAAGUUAUAUUACUUCUUUUUCUUGGCUGCAAUGGCGUCAUUGGUACCUUACCUACCGCUGUACAUGCAGCACAUAGGUCUUAGUGCAUCGGAAUCUGCCAUUGUCUAUGGAUCGAUGCCUUUCAUCAGUUUCUUCAUCAAACCAUUGUGGUGUAUGCUGGCAGACAAAUUCCACAAACACAAACUUGUCCUGAUAUUGACCUCAGUAGUUGGUGCGGUGUUUGGCUUGAUGUGUCUUUUGGUGCCACAGGUUUCAGCAGGGCAGGAACCAGUCAGGGUGUAUUUAUUUGCAAAUAAUAGUAAUGUUAUUGUCAGUAAAUGCCAAUUGUAUGAAUUGGAUUUCAACACUCCUACUGAAGAGGAUAAGUGCCCACAAUCAAAUAAGGACGGCAAUUAUCUGCACUUCAUAAGCGACUGUUCGUUAACAUGUACAAUAUCUGAUAAUAACACCGAAGCCGCAAAACUUUGCUUCCAAAGAACUGCGUAUUGCCAAGAUUAUGAGAACUUUGAAAGCUUGCAGAUGCAAAAUGUAUCAUUACAACUGAUUGCUGAAAAUGUCACUCAAGCUCAACUUGAUUUAACACCUGCAAUGAAAUGCCCACAGUACCUCAUUGACUCAUUUGAAGUGAAUAGUUCACAAUUUGACAGUGUUCAGGUAAAGGAUCCAUUGGCUUUGAAGUGUGAUCUGGCCUGCAAGGAAAGCACACCUCAGAAGAGACAAAAAGUCAAUGACAAGGGUUUGACAUUUGGGCUUUUCUUCCUUCUGUAUCUUCUUUCUCAGAUGUUUCAGGCAGUGUGCCUCCCUUUAGCAGAUGCCAUGUCUUUAAGCAUAUUAACUGAAAAGCACAGAACAAGUUGGGGCCGUACCAGAGUAUUUGGUACACUUGGUUGGGCUAUGUUUGCGGUAAUUUCUGGCCUCUUCAUGGACUCCUUUACUCAGCAAACUUCAGAGCCCAACUUCUAUGCAGCCUUCAUCCUAUCUGGGUCUCUGUCAAUGCUUGCUGCAGUGAGUGGCUACUUCAUGAACAUCCCGAAGGACAUCCAUUGUACUCAGAUGAUGCAGAAUCUAUCACUGUUGAUCAAAGAUGCAGAGAUUUGUAUUUUUCUGAUAAUUAUGUUCAUCUUUGGUAUGCAUGGAGGUGCUCUCCACACAUUUCUCUUUUGGUACCUUGGGGAGCUGUGUAGCCCCAAGGUACUCAUGGGGUUGACCUUGGUUGUCAACUGUGCAGCUGAAAGCCCAAUGCUAUAUUUUUCUGGAUGGAUUAUCAACAAAAUUGGGCAUAAGGCAAUUCUGUUCAUCACCAUGGGGGUAUAUGCUAUUCGGCUCGGAGCGUAUUCAUUUCUGACCAAUCCAUGGUACGUGUUUCUCAUAGAGCCCACCCAUGCUGUUACUUAUGGUUUGUUAUUUGCUGCUGCUACGGAGUAUACAGAUAUCAUUGCACCUCCAGGAAUGUCUGCUACCUUACAAGGUCUGGUGGGAGGAUUGCACUGGAGUUUGGGUUAUGGCAUUGGUUCCUUGAUAGCUGGACAGAUCUACAACAAAUAUGGUGGAGUUAUCAUGUUCCGAAGUUUUGCAAUCUCUGCGCUAGUUGCGCUCAUCAUUGUUUGGCCAUUGGAACACUUUGUUCUACAUAAGAAGCAUCACAGUGAGCCACAAAAAGACACAGGCAAGAAAGAUCCAGCUGAAUUGCAGCUAAGGGAUAAUGCUAAUGAGAAGAUAACAGCCAACAGUGAUGACCAAGAGGAACAGGCCAAGCACCAUUUAUUUCAAGAUACACAAUCUUGACAGACUUCAAGUACACAAACAUUGCUUUAAAGACGUACCUUCAGCUGUAGAAACAAGUCAUUUUAUGCUUUUCAGAUUAAGCAUUCCACAGGGACUAUACACAGGCUUUAAGUCCAAAAUACACAAUUGACCAAUUUCCCUGGGGUCUCAUUUUACCAAUCAUCAUUCCAUUGAGUCCCAAAUUCUAAUAUUAUAUAAUACAUGGAUAAACUCACCAAGUUGAAAACUGGUAAGCCAGUUUAAUGAAUGAAACACAGAGUUUAGGACCCCAUUCCCAUAGAUUUUAGAUUGAAUUAUCCCUGUGGGGAG